UGGCGCCUGCGCAGUGUGCUGGAGGAAGCAGCAAUCUGAUGCAACCGGCUGACAGAGCGAGAGCCAUGUCUGAGGAGAUCAGUGACGGGACCGCAAAGCUCCAGCUCGGAGAGAUGUAUAUUUCUGAUCGAGAGGGAAGCGAUGAAACUGGUGAUGGAACCAAAGAAAAACCCUUUAAAACUGUCCUUAAGGCCAUGUUGACAGUCGGAAAAGAGCCAUUCCCUACUUUCUACGUGGAUUCACAGAAAGAAAACGAGCGAUGGGAUGUAAUCUCCAAGACCCAACUGAAGAACGUUAGAAAGAUCUGGAACCGGGAACAAAUGAAGAACGAGGCCAAGGAAAAGAGGGAGGCUGAAGACAAUAUGAGACGGGAGAAGAAUUUGGAGGAAGCUAAGAAAAUAGUCAUUGCAAAUGACCCCAGCCUGCCGACGCCAACAACGGUUAAGAUCCGUGAAUUAGAAGCCUACCGAGGACAGAGAGUGAAAGUGUUUGGCUGGGUUCAUAGGUUGCGUAGACAAGGGAAAACCCUGAUGUUCAUUGUGCUGAGAGACGGUACUGGAUUUCUUCAGUGCGUGCUGAACGAUCAACUGUGCCAGUGUUACAAUGGACUCAUCCUCUCCACAGAGAGCACUGUUGCUGUAUAUGGCACACUAAACUUGGUUCCAGACGGCAAACAGGCCCCAGGCGGGCACGAGUUGGCCUGUGACUUCUGGGAACUUGUGGGUUUGGCUCCAGCUGGCGGGGCCGACAACCUCAUUAAUGAAGAAUCUGAUGUAGAUGUCCAGCUUAACAACCGUCACAUGAUGAUCCGGGGUGAGAAUAUGUCCAAAAUCUUCAAGGUUCGCUCCACGGUCGUCCACUGCUUCAGAAGCCAUUUUUUUGACCGCGGUUAUUAUGAGGUGACGCCACCAACUUUGGUCCAAACACAAGUGGAAGGAGGCUCAACGCUGUUUAAACUGGAUUACUUUGGAGAAGAGGCUUAUCUAACGCAGUCAUCCCAGUUGUAUCUCGAAACGUGCAUUCCAGCUCUGGGUGACACGUUCUGUAUAGCUCAGUCCUACCGCGCCGAACAGUCAAGAACUCGGCGGCAUCUGGCAGAAUACACACACAUAGAAGCAGAAUGUGCUUUCUUGACAUUUGAGGACUUGCUGGACCGUCUUGAAGACCUGGUGUGUGACGUGGUUGACAGAGUCUUGAAGUCUCCUGUAGCUGGCUUGCUCUAUGACUUACACCCGGAUUUCAAGCCGCCUAAACGUCCGUUCAGGAGGAUGAACUAUUCCGACGCAAUCGCCUGGCUGAAAGAGCACGAUGUGAAGAAAGACGAUGGCACUUACUAUGAGUUUGGAGAGGAUAUCCCAGAAGCCCCUGAGAGACUGAUGACUGAUGCCAUCAAUGAGCCAAUCCUGCUUUGCCGCUUCCCUGCAGAGAUAAAGUCCUUCUACAUGCAGCGAUGUGCAGAGGAUAGACGCCUUACGGAAUCGGUUGACGUGCUGAUGCCCAACGUUGGUGAGAUCGUCGGAGGCUCCAUGCGUAUUUGGGACAGCGAGGAGCUUUUAGAAGGCUACAAGAGAGAAGGCAUUGACUCUACCCCAUACUACUGGUACACGGACCAGCGUAAAUACGGCACGUGUCCCCAUGGCGGUUACGGUCUGGGUCUGGAGCGAUUUCUCACGUGGAUCCUGAACAGACACCACAUACGCGAUGUAUGCCUCUACCCCCGAUUUGUCCAGCGCUGCAAACCCUAAUCCACCCGGAAAACCCCACUCACCAGUAACCAUUUGGUAAAGGUUAUAGCAAGUGCUGUCUUCAUGUCAUUCUAUGGGGAGGAAUCCCAUUCAGGCUGCUCAAAUCAUCCCAUAGCGGAAAACACUGUUUCUCUUUGGUAUCUGUGACAACUAAUUCUUUAGCAGAAAAACUCUGUGUCCUGUACUCUAAGUGUGCUACUGAUCUGAACGAUCCCCCUAUGACAGGUGCCAGCGCUUUAAUUAAAUUAUAUUUUAUUGGAUGAAACAUUCUGCCCUCCAUGGUGUUGAAGGGUUGUGGCUUUUAGAAUUUCCGAGGCACCCUACAUAGUGCGGUCGUUAGAUUCAUGGACCAGAUCUUUCUAGGGACCCGGUUUGGACUGAGACCUUGAACGUGAAUGUCAUUCUUCGUUUAUUUCCACCCAAAGCAUUGCAUGUUGCCUGUACCAAAAAUGUAACAUCCCGUUAUGAAAUAAAGAACAGUUAGCCAGUU